AUGUGCUCUCGCGGGUCCUCCUGCCACAGCCACGAGACCUCCUGCCACGGCUCCCGUUCCUCCUGCCAUGACUCGGAGCCCUCCUGCCAUUACACCAUCCAGAGGGUCCCCGUGCCCAAGUACACCUACAUGACGCCGUGCUGCCCCCCGGUGCAGACCUUCUGCCCCCCGGUGCAGCGUUACUGCCCCCCGGUGCAGCCCUACUGCCCACCAACCUAUUGCCCUCAGUACACCAAGAACAUCUGCAAGCUGCCAUCAUCAUUUCCCAAGUACUAG